CUUCCGGCAGCUGUGGGGAAGAGCCCAGAUAUGGAAAUGCUGGCCAGUGAGAACACAGUCCAUGGCCUGAUAAACUCCAUGAAGGCAUACGCGAACAAUGAAGGGCUAUUGGAGAUGAUCUGCACAUUAUUCAUGAUGAUGUCGAGUAGUGACAUAGCUGUGGAAGCCCUGAGGAAAGCGGGGCUUUUCCCAGAAGUCCUGACAGCUCUGAGCAAUUGUGCCCAAAACAAAAACAUCAGCCUUGCUUGCUGCGGAGUCAUCUGGAGCUUGGUAACCAACGUAACUGAUGUGUCUGAAAUCCCACUGAAAUGUGCUAUUGAGAUGGUCUCUACAGUCCUCUAUGUGCACCUUCAACAUGGAGAUGUGGCAGAAUCUGCGUGCUGUGCUUUCUGGGCCCUGGCCCUUCACGGUUGCGUUGAUGAAGUGAAUUAUGAGCCCUAUUCCUUGCUUCUGCUGAAUGCUCUCCGGCUGCACCCGGAAAGGCCAGUGCUGGCCAAGAAUGCUUGCCUGGCAUUGGCUAGCCUUCUAAGGACAUCUGAACUGUCUGGUUUCCGUUUCAUCGUCACUGACGACAAGGGCAGUGGCAUAACGGUGCUCAAGGAGUGCUAUCAGCUGCACCGUGAGGACCCUGAAGUGGUGGAAGACAUGUGCAUGCUGAUUGACGAGAUGUUCAACUAUGAUGAAAUUGUGGUGGAGAUGGUCUCCCAGAACAUCACAGAGAUGCUGACAGAAAUGAAGGACAGGUUUACAUCCAGUUUGGAAAUUGUUACCUUGGCAGACAAGGCACUCUCCAAACUGCAAAAGAAAGGGUACCUCACCUGAAAUGUGACACCUGCCAGAGCAAGAGACUCCAUCUUUGCCUGCAGCCUCAAGAUAAGCGGCAUCAAGAUUCUAAGGGAUUUCCAGUUUUGAAUUUUAAUAAUUUCUAUAUUUCUUUUAAUUUCUCUGUUACUUAUGUUAUAAGAUAUUGCCAAACUGUUGCACAGUUAAUAAACAUGUAGCCAGA